GCCGGCUAGAAUUAUCAAAUGUUUCUUACUAUAAUUGGUAAUUUUUUAUCGGAAUAAAAUCGGAAUUUUUUUCGUUAUCGUGAUAAAAAUUUGCGAUUUUAAUAUCGGAAUAAAUCCGGGUCUCUGUGACACAUUUGCUGCCGAGUCAUGUGUGUGAAUAUAUUUUUCUUAAAUGAUCGUCUGAACUUCGAAACGCGUACUGACUACUAAAAUUUAACUCUUGACAUUCGGAUAUUGUUAAUUGCUACAAGUUAUGGAUGUAAAGGAUUUCGUGGCACCAAAAAGUCAUCUGCAUGAUGUCUAUAUCACUUAAAGUCCAAUGAAAGAGUGGCAUAACAUAGAUUCUUAUGUCUGCAAGUUACUGGAGGAUAGUCUAGGAUUAUCAGCAAAUGAUUGUUUCGCAAUUUGUUGUCGGAGCUUGAGUUCGUUAUCAAAUCAGGUUUCGAAUUGGCCAAACAGUGUUUCCAAAUACGCCUCCGCGUUACUUUCAAAAUGGAAAGGUUCUGAAAAACAACACUGGCUUGAUCUCGCAAAAAAAGCCAUCCAGCGUAAACGUGACGAUGAGAAGAUUACAGCUAACAACGCUGAAAUUCAACAGAAAGAAAUUAUUCAGCAACAACGAACCACUGUUUCUGCUAUUAACUUAGUUACCAAAGAAAUCGAUGAACUAGCAUCACGUGGACAAGAGACACGAACUCCGGAAAAUAAGAUCUGUAACAAAAGUAUUAAAGAAUCGGAAAACAAUUCACCAAAUCAUGACGAGUUUGAUCCAUCUGAUACAGUUGACGAUAACGAUGACGACUCUGACUAUGCUUAUAGUUCGGAAUCUUCGUCCUGUGAAGAAACAAUGGUUACAAAGUCAGCUCGUAAGUUGAAUAGUGACGAAGAAAGUAUUAAAGAACCAGGGAGCAAUUCACCACUUUACGACGAGUUUAUGAAAGAGAUGAAUAAUACCGAAGAAGAUUAUUCCGAUUCCGAUGAAUCCGUUAAUGAUAAUAAUGAAGAUGAUCCUAAUGACCCUGAUUAUGUUUAUAGCCCAUCUUCGUCCUGUGAAGAAACAAAGGUCACAAAGUCAGCUCGUAAGUUGAAUAGCGACGAAGAAACCCCAUCAGCCAAACGGACAAAAUUAAAUGAAGAUACAACUUCAGAUACUGUAUCUAGUUUAAAUGAGAGUGUGAAUUUUGAUUACGGGCUCAGAAAUUACGAAGAGGGAAUAAUUAUUGAUUCUGAGCUGGCCCUUCAAGAAACAGAUGCGUCUCUUUAACGAGGAUAUUUGGAAGAAAUGGACACUAAAAUCUGGUGCGGUUAUGGCUGAUCUUUUGGAUAAAUUUGCUCGUAAAAAAGGACAUCCUCUUAGGUAGAUUGUGGAUUAUUAAGAUUAUUAACUAGUAUUUGUGACUGUGCCAAUUCUAAUUAUUUAAUUUUAGACCUGAAGCUUGGAGAAUCGUUCGGUGUGGUUAUAAAAUUGCGAAACCGAAAUGGUGUAGCAGCGAGGAUUAUUCGGAAAUCCAAAGAUAUACAAGACGUGCAACUAUUUAUAAUCGUACGGAAGCAAUAUCUUGGCUUCAAAGACAAGUAU